AUUCGGAGUCCCUGGACUCUCUUGAAAUCCCUAUUAUGACUGUGCUAAGAGAGGUGAAUAUUUAUGCUCUUUGUGUAAACGCUUGCUUGUUUAAUAGAUCGUUGAGUAAAGUGCAGAGCUCUCACGACACAAUCACGUUUGUCAUUUUAAUGUCGUGUUUACAUUUUUCCAAAGAAUGGCUAUACACAAACUGGCCGUGAUAGAAAGUGUCUGUGUCUUUUUGACAGAGCCACACACAGGCUGCAUAGUGUGUGCAGCUCGCGCUAUGCAGCAGUCCCUCGGGUAGGCUGUUGCGAUGAACUGGAUGUCAACAGAUGCAUAAGGGGCUGUCGAAGUUUGAGAUCUGCAGCACACCGGUAAGCCUGCUGUCGCCACUGGGGGGCGAUCUAGGACUUUCCGCGCUGCGCAAACGUGCCUCUCGCGGCGGAGCGCAGCUCCCCAAUAACACGAGCACAAUGGUCAACGGGCGAGACUGAGCGGCAGACAGAUGCGCGCUGCGCAUACCCACCUAAGGCUAUUUCACAUGGCAUCCGAAAACUUUGAUACAUCUCGAUUCUGACGCCGCUCGUGUGAUAUAUCGAGCCACGCAGCAUGCUCUCGGCAGCAGCACCUGAUCUUUGGUGAGUGUGAGUCCAGGCUUAAUGCAGCGGUGCAUGUUUUUUGGGGAGGGGGAGAUGGGCAGGUGAUGAGAGAUCCUGUUGAAUAAAGAGCCAACGGCGAGCCGCGGCCAAAACUGUCAUCCCUCGAAUGCGAUCUCACCUGACUGUUGAGGUGUCAUGUUCUGCGUUUGGCUACGUCGAUGGAUAUCUGGAUUCCCAGUGCAAGAGGGAAAUUUGGACAAACCUGGGAUUUACAUCCUCAGCCGUCUCUAUCUUGUUGCAUUGAGGGUGGAAGCGGAGAAGACCUCCUCGUAUCAUUCCCUACCUGUUGCUGGUGUCAAGCGGAUCCAGUGAUUCAUUCAUAGCCGCUGAAGGGGCAGAGGACGGAACAAACCUACAGCCCACCCCUCCCUCGCAGCCAAGAUGGGAACCAGUGAUUUCAUAGACGAAUAAAGUCGGUGAGCGAACACCUCGGAUAACGGAAAGGAGCCGCGCUCUCCUCAUGCAUCCAGCUUUCUGUUGGAUAAGGCAGCCGCGCGCGCCACGCGCAUGGAUUGUAGAACUGUUGGACACAUUUUACUCAUGAUUACGAUGAUGAUGAUGAUGUCACCAGAAGCACGUAGCUUCGUUACAGUUGUAAAGUCCGAUUACAACAAGUAAAAGUGCACUGAAAGAGCUGAAAGCACUUUCGAAGGCAGCGGACCUACACUGCCAGUCAAGCGCAUUUAUGAACUUGCCGAGCCCGUCUAUCGCUCAGCCUCGUUCUCCAUCACUCUGAACGCCUCGUAGUUUAAGAAGAUGGAGUUUGCUAUGGUGGGCGCGGACAGUGGGGGCUGCAACACCCACCUGCCCUAUGGAUAUGCCCAGGCUCGCGCCCGGGAGAGAGAGCGCGAGAGGGAGAGGCAUUCUCGCGCAGCGGCCGCGGCAGCAGCUGAAGCUGGAGCGGUCGGAGAGGGAGGUGGGUCCACUGGCCAUCCCCACAACCACCCGCAUCAGAGUCGCGCCGCCUCUUCGACAAAUGCCAACAACAGUAGCGCCGGGACCGCCUCGCGCCCCUCCUCCUCCUCCUCCUCACAACAGCCGCAACAGCAGCAGCAGCAGCAACACCACGAGCCACCACAGCAACUUCUCAGAGAGCGAAAAAAGCAAAGAGGCGUCGCGCGCUGGAGACGGAACCGCGCGGCUCUCGGCGGGGAUCUACGCCAAUCAGAGUUGGCGCUCCUAGGAUCCGAGGAGGACAUUAUGAUCGAGGAGGAGGAGGAGGCGGAGGGCGAGGAGGAAGAGGAGGACAGGAAAAGCAAGAGGUCCAGUUUUGUCUAUAACAUGGAUGAUGAGGAGGAGACGGUGUCGUUAACGGACAGACGUCCUCAGUCAGGGUAUGAAAACGUUUACAAUGAGUACGGCUGCUGCGAGAGAGUUGUCAUCAACGUGUCGGGCUUAAAGUUUGAAACUCAGCUGAAGACUCUCGCGCAGUUCCCGGACACUCUCCUGGGAGACCCCGAGAAAAGAAGCAGGUACUUCGACCCUUUGCGUAACGAAUACUUCUUUGACAGAAACCGACCGAGCUUCGACGCCAUUCUGUACUUCUAUCAGUCAGGGGGGCGCUUAAAGAGACCCGUCAAUGUGCCGUUUGACAUCUUUUCCGAGGAGGUCAAGUUCUAUGAACUCGGGGAUGAGGCAAUGCUCAAGUUCCGCGAGGAUGAGGGCUUUGUGAAGGAGGAGGAGAAGCCGCUGCCCGAGGACGAGUUCAAGCGUCAGAUCUGGCUGCUCUUCGAGUACCCGGAGAGUUCAAGUCCAGCCAGAGGGAUCGCGGUCGUGUCAGUGCUGGUCAUCGUCAUAUCCAUAGUCAUUUUUUGUUUAGAAACAUUGCCAGAAUUCAGGGACGACAAAGAAUUCCUCAUCCCAGGUAAAAACUCCACGCAGGCAGACAAUGGAUUUACGCCAUUCAACGACCCCUUUUUCAUCGUGGAGACAGUGUGCAUCAUCUGGUUCUCGUUUGAGAUCAUCGUGCGCUUCUUCGCCAGCCCCAGUAAAGCUGAUUUCUUUAAAAACGUUAUGAACACCAUAGACAUCGUCUCUAUUUUGCCUUAUUUCAUAACCCUGGGCACAGAUCUCGCACAGCAGCAAGGCAACGGGCAACAGGCUAUGAGUUUCGCCAUCCUGAGAAUAAUACGACUCGUCCGGGUGUUCAGGAUCUUCAAACUGUCUCGGCACUCCAAAGGUCUCCAGAUCCUCGGGCACACUUUACGCGCGAGCAUGCGAGAGCUGGCGCUGCUCAUCUUCUUCCUCGUCAUCGGCGUCAUCCUGUUCUCCAGCGCGGUGUACUUCGCAGAGGCGGACGAGCCCACGUCACAGUUCACCAGCAUCCCAGAUGCGUUUUGGUGGGCUGUGGUGACCAUGACCACGGUGGGCUACGGUGACAUGAAGCCCAUCACGGUCGGGGGCAAAAUCGUGGGCUCGCUGUGCGCCAUCGCCGGCGUCCUGACCAUUGCGCUUCCAGUCCCCGUCAUCGUGUCUAACUUCAACUACUUCUACCACCGGGAGACUGAUAACGAGGACCAGGCGCCCGCCGUGGAACAACCCCCACCGGGUUGCCCCUACUUUCCGGAUUUCCUGAGAAAAUUCAAGGGGUCCCCAUCGGGCUCAUCUUUAGGUGACAAGGCUGCGGAGUACAUGGAGAUGGAGGAGGGCGUGACGGAAUCUCUGUGCGGGGGUGACACGCAGAGCCCGAGCAGAGGGAACGGUACUGACUUAGGCGGGAAAAACAGUUCACAUUCACGAACCCUACAGACAGAUGUAUGAUUAUGGAAGAACGAUGACCUUUCAUCAUGAUGACUGCACAAAUGAAUCAGUUAACAGCACACACAUGCACAACUUGAAGACACACACAGUACGCGCGUGCGCAGACACACUGUCUCACACACAUUAAGUUCUGGACCUGAGCUGAAACUUUUUUGCAAUGUGGCUGGCUACUUUUGUAGAGAAACAUACCCUGUAAUCACAUGACAGGCAACGCAAAAAUCACCAGCUUUACGUGACGUGGAGAGGUGUCUCUAUCUGCCCGCCUGUUCAGUUCAGUUGACAGAACCGAACGACUCCCGGUUCAUUAAAUGAAGGAACUUGCAUAGGCACUUUAUGAGUUACAUUUGUCAGUAAUUGUAGGAAAAAGAGGCGAGUUCUUAUCUAAUGCUAUUAUGCAAUAACGUUUAAAUCGUUUGCACUAUCAUCAAUUAUGUUCUAGUCUCCCACUUUAAUGCAGAGGAAAGAAACACUGAGCUAGAGAGAGAAACGACCCCAUAGCAAUCAUGUUUUAAAUUGCAUUUAUAAUUAAUUCCAAACAAUAGCAAACAUACGCUGUCCACGACCAAUUCAGCUAACAGGAAGGAAUUUGUUUCACUAUUAGAAUUAAUUGGAGAGCAGCAUGUUGCAUAACUUAAGGCUAUGUUAUCUUAAAAAUCCCAUUGUGGCAAACAUGUGUCCGCAUGGCAGUAUUCAGUAUGUACUACACUCUGGUAAAAAACCCUUUUAGCACACCCUGUGUAGUUAUUUGUGCAUCGUCCAAAGUGACUAAAGAGUCAUUAUAGUCGGUCCCUUUUGUGAGUAUUGAAAACAAACCAAUCAUGUUCGUUUUUGUUCAUUAGCACAAGAUCCACACCACACUACAGUUCAUCCAUCACGCGAUCUAGGCGUCAUUCUUUCGCAGCAUUAUCACAUACAGAGUCCAAAAUAACCGGUUUGCAUUGUCUCACAAAGUAAAACACCUUGUACAACAGAGUCCACACCGACACCGUGGCUUGAAGGAUCAGUUUGGCCACUGUUUUCAAGUUACUGUCUUGGGAGUUAAUUUCAAGGGGAAUGCUUCAUGCAACUAUCUUGUCUUCAUCCCUUUACCAAAUGACAAUGCAUCCCUUUAUUAAAAUGCUGGCGGAAAUCUACAGCACUGAUGGGAACAUGAACUUGGUGGACUUCAUGCACAGCGAAUCCUCGUCUCAAAGGAGUGCACGAUGACCACUGAGCAUGCGCGGUGCAUCGCAAACCCAGUGUUGUAAGUCUUGCCUAUGAGAGACUUUUCCGUCAGCCUUUGGACUCCUUCAGAGAGGAAUGGCCAUGAUUGCCUGUCAUCGGAUGGCGAGUUGAACGGGACGGUCCCGUCACAGAAGGUGUCACUGAAGCCACUUGUGGACAUCAGAUUGAGAGUGGACACUGCAGCCUCUCCAAUGAGCAGUAAGACAGGAAGUCCAUCAUCAAGCCAGGUGUCAAACUGUUUAAGACCCGCCCCAAUAAAUGCCUUAAAGACACAGUACAUCUCUAUGUAGAGGAACCUGCAGCAGGAGACUUCUUAAAAAAAAAAAAAAAAGCUUGACAUGUUUUCAUUUUCCUCUUUAUGAGUGAAUCAGUGUCUUGCAAGAACAGAUGUGAAUAUUUUCUUAUAAUAGAGAAAUGUUUGUUUGGGUGUAAUAUUGCCACUUGUUUUGUUUAGUUUCUUUCAAUGUUUUUUUUGUUUUGUUUUGUUUUGUUUGUUCGGUGGUAGGCCUGAUGAAAGCUGUUAAAUAUAC